AUGGGGCAGGCAGACUUCUCUGAUGUUUCUUCUGUGGCAUUUGCACUAUUGGAGAUAUCAAGAGACAGACCUCUGUCACCUCACAGUGUCCUCAGCACAGGACAAGCCCAGCCCACCUCUCAGUACAGGUUUCGGAAGAGGGACAAGGUGAUGUUCUAUGGCUGGAAGAUCACGAGGAAGGUGACCAUACUCCCACACUCACUGGCUGGGAAUACAGCUGCACGGCAGCGCUACAGGAAGAGGACCAAGAAGUAUUGGGAGUGGUUGAAUGUGUCUCUGUUUCAUAGGAUCCUCCGUUUCAAGAAGGAGUACCCUACCUUGCAGCCCAAGAGCCCCACCUCCCUAUUGGAGGCUGAUCUCACAGAGUUUGAUGUGAAUAAUUCUCACUUACCAUCAGAAGUAUUGUACAUGUUGAAAAAUGUCCAAGUCCUGGGCCACUUUGAGAAGCCACUCUUCCUGGAACUUUGCAAACACAUGGUCUUUUUGCAGCUGCAUGAGGAAGAGCAUAUCUUUCAGCCAGGAGAACCAGAUACCAGCAUUUAUAUUGUACAGGAUGGAUGGCUGGAGGUCUGCAUCCAGGAUACUGACGGCACUGAGCUGGUAGUCAAGGAGGUCCUGGCAGGUGGCAACGUCCACAGCUCCUCAGCAUGCUGGACACAUCACUGUGAGUACCCAGGCCUGCAGCAGCCCCUGGCUGCUCCUUGGUCAGCCCCAAUCAUCAUGGUGCAGCUGCAGAGGGUGACCUUCCUGGCUCUGUGCACCUACCUGGGCCUGACCAUGUUGCUCCCCAAUUCUGUGAAUACAGAGCCACCACCCAGCCCGCGGCUGCCCUCCUCAGGACCUGUGCUGGGCGGACAGCCACAGCCAUGGCACGCUUGGUUGCCUCUACUGAAGAGCAGCUCCUCCCCUCUGCCUUCAGUCCACGGGGAGAUCAAAGAUGAGCUGGGGCAGCCCCAUGCUGGUGACCUUGACCCUUCACUGUCACAAGGCAGCCAUGUGUGUAGCUCCAGGGAUCCCUGCAGCGACUCUGGCAGUGCAUCCAUGCUGCCCAGCCUGCUCACUGACAUCACCUCGAAGCUUCAUAACCCGAUUCACCUGAAGGACCUAGGCCUCAAGGGGCCUUCAUGGAUCAUGCGGAAACAUCCAGAGGAUGUCCGGAGCGUGGCACACACUGUGGUGAAGAGAAUGUCACCCUUUGUGCAGCAGAUAGACUUCACUCUGGACUGGAUGGAGGUAGAGGCCGCGCGUGCCAUAUACAGGUGAGUAGACAAGUCAGACUGCACGUACAUUGUCCUUAGUGCCGACUGCGUUCUGCGAUGGGAAGAAGCACCCGGCUGGGGAGACCCCAUGGGUGUGGAAGGUGGCAGGCCCUCCUUUCUGUUUCCUGGAACUGGCCUGGCCGGCUGCCUGGACAGGGGAAAGGUGGAGACGCUGAGCCACCAGGGCAGGGCCACCACCGUGCAUGCUGUUCGAGACUCAGAGCUGGCCAGGCUCCCCACAGGAGCCCUGACGGCCAUCAAAUGCAGGUACCCACAGGUAGCAACUGUCUUGCUUCACAACAUAGUAUCUGAGUCCAUUGCUGGGAGCAUCCAGCCCUGGUGUGGAACCUGGGGUCACCAGCUUGGCCUUCACACCGUGGGCAGCAACUGGGACUGAGGAAACGCAGCCAGCAACCUGCCCAUGUCGGAGGAUGCGCCUCUCACUGCCUUAGCCUUGGCGCUCCAACCUGUGGUUGUAUUCUCAGGCCCUGUCCUGCUACUGACCAGUGAGCACAUCAGAUAGUGCUUUGGCUCUGCUGUUCUGGACAGUAUCCACGCGCACCGGCUAUCCCUGCUGGGGCAGCAGGAGGAUAUCCACCGAAGUGUGCGCUACCAAGCAGACAGCACCCUUACCCCAUGGACCCAGCGUUGCGUCCGGCAGGCUGACGGCACCCUCAUCGUGGGCCUGGGCCGGCAGGAGCCAGCGUGAGGAGAGCUGGAGCGGACGCUGGAGAACACAGCCAUGCGUGCCCAGAGACGGCUGACCCUACUGCAGGAAGAGGGGCCUGCGCCAGCCCACGCCAUGCAGCGGCUCAACACGCAGAGCUGGUGCUCUGGCCACCUGCACCUCCGCUGCCCACGCCAUGUCUUCUCCAGGAGGAGCUUGCCCAAGCUGGUGGAGAUGGACGCGUGUGUCUUCCAGAGGCCUCCAGACCGGCACUUGGACCUCUCCCGCUUGGCACAGGUGCUGACGGGCAAUGCCAUCGCCUUGGUUCUUGGAGGAGGGGGUGCAAGAGGCUGUGCCCAAGUGGGCGUUCUCAGGCCCCUGGCAGAAUGUGGCAUCCCUGUGGACAUGGUUGGAGGGACCUCUGUUGGGGCCUUCAUGGGCGCCCUGUAUUCUGAGGAGCGGAGCUACAGCAGAUGUAGGUGGGCCAAGCAGUGGGCAGCGAGCAUGACAUCGAUGAUGAAGACCAUGCUGGACCUGCCCUACCCAAUCACGUCCGCGUUCUCUGGGGCUGGCUUCAACAGCAGCAGCUGCAGCAUCUUCUGGAACCAGCAGAUCGAGGCCCUGUGGCUUCCCUACGUUGGCAUCACUGCUGACAUCACAGCCUCUGCCGAGCGCCUACACAGAGGGCCCUCUAACCUCCCAGGCUCUCGGUGGAGGGGUGUGUGUGCCAGCAUGUCCCUCUUGGGCUACAGGCCCCUCUGCGACCCCAAGGAUGGACACCUGCUGAUAGAGGGGUACACCAACAACCUCCCGGGUUCUGCAGAGAGUAGUGGAUGUGGCCAGAUCCAUGUGAGCAGCCGGGACAAGACAAACCUUACAAAUUACAGUGAUGCCCUGUCCGGGUAGUGGCUGCUUUGGAAACGGUGGAACCCUUUGGCCACAAAAGUCAAGGAAAGUGGUACCAGAUGCACCUCAGUGGCCUCCCUCGGCUGUGUGCGCUGCGUCGGGCAGCUAGAGAUGGUGAAGAAUAGCUACUGUGAGUACCUGCGCCCCCUGUCGGCGGUGCACACCCUGGACUUUGUCAGGUCUGAGAUCUGUGAAGUGGGAUACCAGCAUGGACGAAUGGUGUUUGGGAUCUGGGUUCGGAAUGGUGUGCUAGAGAAGAUGCUUCAAGACCAGCAGGGGACGAGCAAGAGGAAGGCCUGCGCGGUCCUCACCUGCCCCAAUGCCUCUUUCACGGACCUUGCUGAGACUGGGUCACGCAUUGAGCCAGCCAAGGCAGCUGCCAUGGUUGAGUCUGACUUCCAGACUGAGCGCGAGGAGGUGCCAGGUGUCCCCUGCGCGGGGAGGAGCUCCUCCAGGGCCGGCCUCCUGCGUGGCCCACCUGAGGGCCACCCUGGGCGUGUGCUCGGAUCACCUGCUGGCUGA